AUGAGCGCAACCUUUACUUUGCCUGUUGCUGCCACAGACAACUGCCAGCAGGGGCACGAUCAAUCGCCACCUCAUUCGCAUUCUCCCUCUCACUCACAUUCACACUCACGCUCCCAUCAACGACAUCGGACGGGAGGUCGUCUCACCGCGCCCUUUCCUUUGGCACGAAUCUCAUCUGAGCCGGCCGUCCAACAAAGUGAAACGAGUCGUCUCCCUCCAGUCGACACCCAUUUCCACCAGCAUAACCACAUUAGCCUGACUCCCGCCUUCGAUAUCUCGGAUGCUCGAUUUAUACCCAAGAGGAGGGAUACAGAACAAACGGCAUAUUCAUCUCCGGGAGGAACACUGCGUCCCCAGUUCCGCAGGAACUUCUCUAAACCGACCGAACUCUUGUUACAAUCGACCGAGAACUAUGCCCUACUUCACGGCAUUCUCGAGGAUGACGAGUCACGGCGGAUCUUUUAUUUCAUGAUCUUGAAUCUGUGCUUUAUGGUGGUCCAAUCAACCUAUGGUAUUCUUACCGGGUCUUUGGGGUUGAUCAGUGACAGUAUACACAUGUUCUUCGACUGUGUUGCGUUACUGGUUGGUGUUUGUGCUGCUGUCAUGAGCAAAUGGCCCCCUAGCCUGAAGUUUCCAUAUGGCUAUGGCAAAAUCGACACACUGGCAGGCCUGGGAAAUGGAAUUUUCUUGAUGCUCAUCAGCAUUGAGAUCGUUUACGAAGCCAUGGAACGACUGUUUUCCGGUGCUGACAUUAGUCGAACAACAGAGCUCCUUGUGGUCAGUACUAUCGGCUUGGUUGUCAAUCUCGUGGGCAUCUUCGCUUUUCAUGGCGCCCAUGAUCAUGGACAUGGACAUGAAGGCCACUCUCCCGAUGACCAUGACCACGACCAUGAUCACAAGCAUGACCAUAUUCAUGACGAAUCAGAAACCCCAUUAACCGCCUCUGCCUCGCCCAUGAAAGGCAAGAAGGCAGCAAGCGACCAUCACCACGGUGGCGAAAACAUGCAGGGAAUUUAUCUCCACAUCAUGGCGGAUGCCCUGGGUUCCCUGGCCGUCGUAGGAUCUACCCUCCUCGUCCGGUGGACCGGUUGGAGCGGCUUCGAUCCCGUGGCCUCAUGCAUCAUCGCCAUUCUCAUCUUUGCAUCCACCAUUCCUCUAGUCGCAAAUACGACUAAAAUUCUCCUCUUGUCCCUGAACUCGGACGUCGAAUACAAUCUCCGGGGCAUUCUCAGCGGCGUUGCCGAAAUUCGAGGUGUGGCAGGCUACACGGUUCCAAAGUUCUGGCUCGAGGAUAUCAAGAAGGAACCCGGUCACCAUCAUGGACAUUCACACGGUCAUGAUCAUCACCAUCAUCAUCACAGCCACUCCCACAAGAACAGCGAAGGGAAGAAAUGUGACGGCGAAAAUGAAGACCCUACCGUCCUCGGUGUCAUCCAUGUCAUUGCCUCAUUCACUGCCGACCUUGAGGACGUCAGGGAGAGAGUCGGAAUGUAUUUACGCUCACGCAAGAUGGACGUCGUGAUCCAGAUGGAACGUGAAGGCGAGAAUCGGUGUUGGUGUAGAGGCGGACAAAAGACGAUGGCUGGUUGA